AUGGCUGACCACAAUGGCCGACCACAAUGGCUAACCACAAUGGCCGACCACAAUGGUCAGCAGGACCCCAGGGUCACUCACAACCUGUCCCUCUGUCUAUCCAGCAGGUCCCCAGGCUCACUCACAGCCUGUCCCUCUGUCCAGCCAGCAGGGCCCCAGGGUCACUCACAGCCUGUCCCUCUGUCCAGCCAGCAGGACCCCAGGGUCACUCACAGUCUGUCCCUCUGUCCAGCAGCAGGUCCCCAGGGUCACUCACAGCCAGUCCCUCUGUCUAUCCAGCAGGUCCCCAGGGUCACUCACAGCCUGUCCCUCUGUCUAUCCAGCAGGUCCCCAGGGUCACUCACAGCCUGUCCCUCUGUCUAUCCAGCAGGACCCCAGGGUCACUCACAGCCUGUCCCUCUGUCCAGCCAGCAGGACCCCAGGGUCACUCACAGCCUGUCCCUCUGUCCAGCCAGCAGGACCCCAGGGUCACUCACAGUCUGUCGCUCUGUCCAGCCAGCAGGUCCCCAGGGUCACUCACAGCCUGUCCCUCUGUCUAUCCAGCAGGUCCCCAGGGUCACUCACAGCCUGUCCCUCUGUCUAUCCAGCAGGUCCCCAGGCUCACUCACAGCCUGUCCCUCUGUCCAGCCAGCAGGGCCCCAGGGUCACUCACAGCCUGUCCCUCUGUCCAGCCAGCAGGACCCCAGGGUCACUCACAGUCUGUCCCUCUGUCCAGCAGCAGGUCCCCAGGGUCACUCACAGCCAGUCCCUCUGUCUAUCCAGCAGGUCCCCAGGGUCACUCACAGCCUGUCCCUCUGUCUAUCCAGCAGGUCCCCAGGGUCACUCACAGCCUGUCCCUCUGUCUAUCCAGCAGGACCCCAGGGUCACUCACAGCCUGUCCCUCUGUCCAGCCAGCAGGACCCCAGGGUCACUCACAGCCUGUCCCUCUGUCCAGCCAGCAGGACCCCAGGGUCACUCACAGUCUGUCGCUCUGUCCAGCCAGCAGGUCCCCAGGGUCACUCACAGCCUGUCCCUCUGUCUAUCCAGCAGGUCCCCAGGUUCACUCACAGCCUGUCCCUCUGUCUAUCCAGCAGGUCCCCAGGGUCACUCACAGCCUGUCCCUCUGUCCAGCCAGCAGGUCCCCAGGGUCACUCAAAGCCUGUCCUUCUGCCCCACGCCCAGCCCCCCUCCCCGCAGGCUUUCGUCUUGUGA